AUGAAUCGCUCUGCCCGGGACUCGCCCCGGGGCCCCUGGCAGGCGGGGAAGCUCUACGCAGUCAAUUCCCUGAAUGACUUGAACAAACUCACGCUCUGCCCUGCAGGAUCGCAGCAACUGCUACCCCCCGAAGACAAGACGAGGGGGAGCAGCCCAAACUUGGGGACCUGGGGAGCUAUCCAGAGGAGGAGCUCAUUCCUCAUUGGGCUGAUCCUUGCCCUGAUCGUCAGCCUGGUCCUGGUCUCCUUUGUCAUCUUCCUGAUUGUUCAAACAGGAAACAGGAUGGAGGAAGUAUCCAGAAGGCUGGCGGCCGAAGGGAAGGACAUCGAGGAGCUGAAGAAGAUGAACAGCCUAAUCCUGAAGCGUCUGGCCCAGACGGGCCCAGACGACCAGUAGCCCAGCAGCUGUGGGCAGCAGUGGCUGGUGACCCUAGUGAUCUUGGAGCUCUCUCUGCCCAGCGGGAGGGUGCUGGGCCCCAGAAUGGGGGCACCAGGGAGAACAGAGCCUCCGGGCCGUGUGAAAUAAGUUUCUUCCCCUCUUCCUGCCACGCUGGUCUCAGGCCUCAUAGAUUCUGGAUGAACAGCUACCCAGAGCUGACCUGGACAAUCUUUUACAAGGGGUCGGUGUGGUUGGUCUCAUUUUGCUGUACACACAUAAACGCACACAUAGCCACAUAUGCAAAACCCAUACACACACACACUCACCCAGUAUUUCAUAACUUGUAUUUUCACUCUCCAUUUUGGAGAAAAGACCGUUAGGGAAUUAGGCAGUGUUCUUCCGACAAUGGGCAUCUGUCCAGAUAGAAAGUGAUGUGAUGUAGGAAGAAAUGGUUGUGCUCAGGUAAGUGGGGCUGGUCAAGGCAAUUGCAGUGUAAUACGUGUUUUCCUUAACUUGGGGUUUGUCAAGAGCACAAUCUCUGCAAGAUAAGAAGACCCCCUAACACCUCCCCAAAACACACACACACACGCAACACACACCUCAGUGUGGUAUGGAGAGGGGCUGGCACAGAAAUGGAACACUCGCCCAUAUAGAGAAGUUGGAUUUCAGCCUAUUUCCCUUUAACGAGGCUGCUUGCUUCAUUGGUGAUGUCUGGGACCCAGGGUCCCUUGGCAGUUGGGGUGCAUGGAGCUCCUAAGGAGGUCCAAUCAUCUCCCCUGAUGGCUGAGUGGGGCCAGUGGGUCCUGACCUGUCAGCUGCAGGAGGCAAUAUCCUUCCCAUAAUUGAGACUGGGCGUCUGGAACCCAAGGUUGUUACUGCUCAGCUUCCCUGAAAACAAUCAGAGUGACUGUCGGUUUGGUUUCCUGGCAGCACUUGAUUAUAAUGAUCCCAGUUUCCUCGGCCCUUACAGGUACUCACCCUAUCUCCUCCUCCCUGCUUAAAGGGGUUGCAAAGUGCACUGCAGCAGUGAAUGUGAAUUGGAGACAAUAUGGUGUUGAAUGUCCCCCCUACUCAUGUGAAAGAGUUACUGCCCCUCCAGUUGCCUGCCAAACACCUGGGCAAAUAACCCCGGCCUCCUGGAAAGUUGAUUAAUAAUAAUAAUAGUGGUAUUUGCUAAGUGCUUACUAUGUGCCAAACACUAUUCUAAGCACUGAGGUAGAUACAAGGUAAUCAGGUUGUCCCCCACUGAACUGGAAGCUAGUGGUCAACUCUUUGACUGACUUCUCAGGCCUUGAUCUAGAAACCCUGCCCAGCCAACCAGCCUGAGCUCCGAGGAAGGGAAGCUUUGACGUCAGGGACCGGGGCCAGCCAGCUGACUCCCGGAAUUCUCUCGACAGAGUUUCUUCCAUCUCCCUCCCUCCAAUUUUUUAUUCCUUUAAAGGCACUUGAGUGGUCACAGGACAUUGGUGGCUAGGGUCCCCAGAAAAGGCUGUGCGAUUCAUAAUUCUCCUUGGGAUGUAGGAGAAAGGUAAC